AUGGUCUUCGUGCAAUGACUGUGAACUGUGUUAAAAAAGAAGACGUGUAGUUCUAGCCGGAAGGGGGAGCUGUACCCCCUCUCCAGUCUUCUCAUCGACGGCCUUUGCUUACCACGAUAGUCCGUGGACCUGUACUGUGACAGAGGGCCUACUUCCGUCUGCAUUGAACUGUUUAGCUAGUUACAUACAAACAUAUUUCAUAUUUCAGUGCCUCAUCCAUCCGUGCAGUCCACUGCUACCCCUCUACACAAGGCUCCCGUGUUGAGUGUGUGUGUGUGAGUGUGUGAGGGCCCGUGUGUGUGGGAGCGUGAUGAGCGAGCCCAUGGAGGGCGGGGCGGUCUCCUUUGAUGAGUAUGUGAGGCAGAAGGCUCGAAGCGUCCCACAGCAUCGCAUGAAGGAGUUCCUGGAGUCUUUGGCAGCCAAGGGCCCCGAGGUCAUGCAGGAGUACAGCCAGCAGGGGGCAGCAUCCUCCACCAACACCACCACCACUACCAUGGUUUACCAACAGGGGGGCAACUGCAUCUACACAGACAGCACAGAGGUGGCCGGCUCACUGCUCGAGCUCGCCUGCCCGGUGCAGGUGACAUCAGCUCAGCUCACCCCUCAGCUGGCUGCAGCCGUACAUCAGGCCUCUGAACAGCAGAUACAAGUGCAGGUCCAGAUCCAGAAUGAGCACGGGCAGUUGCUGCAGGUCUCGUCGCCAUCCCAUCAUCAGCUCCAGGGCGUUCCCACGGCAGCCCAGCUGAUACAGCAGGGAGAGCUCACCGAGGAGCAGCACCAGCAGAUCCAGGCCCAGGUCUUGGCAGCGGUGGCCCAGUCUCAGCAGAUCCAGAUCCAGACGGUGGAUGCGCAGCAUCAGGGGGCGCUUGUGCACCAGGUGGGCUCCCAUCAUCGCGAGGCCGAGAGGCGGUCCAGUCCCACCGUGCUGCAGCCCGCCAAGAAGCGCAAGGUGGACGUGCCGUCGCUGGCUACGGUGUCGUACGCCCUGCCACAGGGACAACAGGUGGCUACAGUGCUGGCCAUACCGCAGGGUCAGGGGCAGCAGAGCUAUGUUUCCCUGCGUCCAGACCUCUUGACGGUGGACAGCACACACCUGUAUAGCGCUACCGGUACGCUGACGGGCCCCUCGGGUGAGACCUGGACCAUUCCGGUGUACUCUGCUCCCCAGGGCCAAGGUGUGGCCCACAUCGCUAUACCGCAAGAGGCCUACAGCGCUGCGCUACAGCUGCAGACGUUGCCCAUCGCCGACAAGGACAAGGCCGGCGGAAUCGUCAUGUCUGCUGCAGGGGGGAUGACGCAGGCAGUCACCACGACGAUGACGUCUGCAGGGGGCCAGGAGGAGUUGGUGCAGAUGCUUCCUGCCCAGUUCAUGAAUGGCAACCUUCACAUCCCCGUUGCCGUGCAGACGGUGGGAGGGGCCUAUCAGGGCGCCACGCAGGCCCUGCACAUCUGGGACCCGCAGGGGCAGGGGCAGGUGCUGGACGGACAGGAGCAACAGCUACACAUACAGGCGCAUGUGGAGGGUGAGCAUCAGGGGGAGACUGCGCAGCUUCUCCUGCCCAUGUCCCUGAAACCUGAGGAGGGGCUGGAGGUCUGGAAGCUCUGGGUGCUGCGCAAGAACGCAGACAUGGACAAGGACGAACAGCGCAAACUCGCACCCAUAGGACGGCGUCAGGCUCUGCGUUUCCGUGAGGAUCUGAUCUCCAGUGCGGUGGCGGAGCUGAGCGUGGGGCUGUCGCUGAUGACACAGGAGGCCCGCGGGCUGGAGGGAGAACCUUUCGAGGCCGACGCUCUAUAUUACGUCUUCCUCUGUAUACAGAAGUACCUGUUUGAAAACGGGCGGGUGGAUGACAUCUUCUCGGACCCUUACUAUGGUCGCUUCUCCCAGUGUUUACACAAAGUCCUGGAGGAGUACAGGCCCAGCGUACAUCCACUAGGUUACAUCAUCCCCAGUCACGUUACCGAGGAAAUGCUAUGGGAGUGCAAGCAGCUUGGAGCCCACUCUCCCUCCACACUCCUCUUCACACUCAUGUACUUCAACACCAAGUAUUUCCAGUUGACGUCUGUGGAGCAGCAUAUGAAGGUGGCCUUCUCCAAGGUGCUGAGGCACACCAAGAAGAACCAGAUGAACCCCAAAGACAAGAGCACCUCCAUACGCUACCUGAAGGGAUCAGGAACACACCACAUGGGGCAGAAGGGCAAGACGGUGACAGAUGACAUGUAUGCAGAGCAAGCAGAGGACCCAGAGAACCCGCUGCGCUGCCCCAUCAAACUCUACGACUUUUACCUCUUCAAAUGUCCGCAGUGUGCGAAGGGCCGUAACGACACGUACUACCUGACGCCGGAGCCUGUGGUGGCCCCCAACAGCCCCAUCUGGUACUCCACGCAGCCAAUCCAGACGCAGCAGCUGGAGCCCAUGCUCACACGCAUCACCAUGGUGAGGGAGAUACAGGAAGUCAUCGCCACGGCACCCAACACCCUCAACUGACCACAGCCAGAAGGCAAGAGGGAGAGUGUGCAAACCGAUAACUGGACAUCAGAUGGACACAGCACGGUUUGUAACUGGGGGAAAUAUCAAUUCCGGAUUAGAAUACGAUAAUCUGAAAGGAUUCUGCCCAGGAUAUCUGCUUUUGGUUGCUAAUUUGUCAGUUGAAAAUGCUUAAUGGCCGUUGAACUGAAUUGAAUGGAACCCUGGUGAACAUCUGACAUCAGCACAAACGAGCAAGCGAACGAUCUCUCUUUUGGACUCACCAUUGUGGUGGAGUUGGAACUCUUCCUGCUGCAGCACUUGGACGGAUUCUGCCAUCUGUUGCUAGGAAACAAACUUUAUGGCCUUUCUCUCUUUUUUGUUGUUUUUUACAUAUAUAAAUAUAAUAAUAUGUACACCUAAUGAAACGCCUGUGCUAAGUUACGAUACUGCUAACAUCAUGGACUGCCCCCACUACACACACACACACCGAUGAUUGAAGCUUCUCUGUCUUAUAAGAGAAGCUCAGUCUUGGAUGGACUUUGUAUGUUUCUACACACCACCAUGUCUGGCACACUUCAUUAACACGUUUCUGUAAAAAGCAAAAUGAAAUUGUCAAUGUCCUAGAGGAGGAUAGAAACAAGCCUGGGGAGGACACACCCGUGCGCAUGCCUGUCGUCCAACUGUUGCCCUCUGACUUUUGCCCUCCUUGUUACUGUUGUCCCUGGCAACUAUAGAACCUGCUGAGCAGGGUCACGACCCCGGACUUCCCCUAGCACAACACACACCACAGCCGCAGUACGAUUACACACUCACACGAAAAGAAUAUGAUUUGUUUCGCUUUUUAUUUUUAUAUCUGUAUGUAUGAUCUCCUGUCCUAUCUGUAUCAAUGAUGUUUUGGGAGUUGGGAGGCUGUACAGGGAAAAAGUACCUGAUUUCAAAAAACAUGUUUUUGUACAGUUA